CUCAGUGUUGUCGGUGGCAUGCUUCAUGGAGUAGUUAUGUACCUUGCCUUGUCCGUUCAUUUGCCGUCAUGGGUUGCACACGCUUCCUACCGCUUCUGUUGCUUCUUAUAACGCUGGUUUGCUGCGCUCAACCCGCCGUUUAUCCGUCUAAUGAAGUUAACCUGUUGGAUUCCAAAGCAAGCCAAGGGGAGCUGGGAUGGAUUUCAUAUCCACCGCAUGGGUGGGAGGAAAUCAGUGGUGUGGAUGAGCACUACACACCAAUCCGGACCUUCCAGGUGUGCAAUGUGAUGGACUACAGCCAGAACAACUGGCUGAGGACCAACUGGAUUCCUCGCAAGUCUGCACAGAAGAUGUACGUGGAGCUGAAGUUUACACUGAGAGACUGCAACAGUAUCCCUAUGGUGCUGGGGACCUGUAAAGAGACCUUUAACUUACACUACCUGGAAACAGAUGAGGACCAGGGGGACAAGUUCCGUGAGCACCAGUUCUCAAAAAUAGACACUAUUGCAGCCGACGAAAGUUUUACCCAAACGGACCUAGGCGAUCGUAUACUGAAGCUCAACACAGAAGUAAGGGAAGUGAGUCCUAUUACAAAAAAAGGCUUUUACUUGGCCUUUCAGGAUGUAGGGGCAUGUGUGGCACUGGUCUCGGUACGAGUGUACUUUAAGAAAUGCCCUUUUACAGUACGAAACCUUGCUGUGUUCCCUGACACGGUGCCCAUGGACACUCAGUCAUUAGUAGAAGUGAGAGGCUCAUGUGUCAACAAUUCCAAAGAAGAGGAGCUACCAAAAAUGUACUGUAGUACAGAAGGAGAAUGGUUGGUACCUAUUGGGAAAUGCCUGUGUAACGUUGGUUAUGAGGACAGAGGAGUUACCUGCCAAGCUUGCCGGCCUGGCUUCUAUAAGGCCCUGUCUGGGAACAUGAAGUGUUCCAAGUGUCCCCCGCUCAGUUACACCAACCAGGAGGGGGCUGUUCACUGCAGCUGUGAGAAGAACUACUUUCGAGCAGAGGGAGAUCCGGUUUCAAUGGCCUGCACCCGUCCUCCCUCUGCUCCUCGGAACGUGAUCUCCAUCAUCAAUGAGACAUCGGUAAUCCUGGACUGGAGCUGGCCAGAAGACACAGGUGGCCGGAAGGACGUGACAUUUAAUGUAUUGUGCAAACGAUGUUUCAUUGGCUCCAAACAAUGCGAGCCAUGUAGAGGAGCUGUGCGUUUCCUGCCCCGUGCUACAGGCCUUACUAACACCACUGUGACCGUGGCUGACCUUUUGGCACAUACCAACUACACCUUCGAGAUUGAAGCACAAAACAGUGUUUCCUCUUUAGCUCAUAUGCUCAGGCAACAUGCUACUGUCACCAUAACUACAAACCAAGCAGCUCCGUCCUCGGUCACAGUCAUCAGGAAGGACAGAACCUCCCGAAACAGCAUCUCACUAUCAUGGCUGGAGCCAGAGAGCCCCAAUGGUAUCAUCCUGGACUAUGAGGUCAAGUACUAUGAAAAGCAGGAACAGGAGACCAGCUAUACAAUCCUGAGAUCCAAGGGCACCAAUGUGACUCUGAAUGGACUGAAACCAGAUACCAGAUACCUCCUGCAGAUUAGAGCCCGAACUGCUGCGGGAUAUGGUGGAACCAGUCGCAAGUUCGAAUUUGAGACCAGUCCUGACUCUUUCUCAAUAUCCAGUGAGAACAGUCAGGUAGUACUAAUAGCCAUCGCUUGCGCUGUGGCCAUCAUCCUCCUCACCAUUGUGCUCUACAUUGUGAUUAGCAGGUGUUGUUGUGGCUAUAGCAAAUCUAAACAUCCAGACAAGAAGCGACUUCACUUUGGCAAUGGCCACUUGCGUCUGCCUGGAAUCAGGACUUACGUGGACCCCCACACUUACGAAGACCCAAGUCAAGCGGUCCAUGAAUUUGCCAAGGAGUUAGAUGCGUCUUGCAUCGCGAUCGACAAAGUAGUGGGUGCAGGUGAAUUCGGAGAGGUGUGCAGCGGUCGUCUGAAAUUGCCUUCUAAAAAGGAGAUCGGUGUGGCCAUUAAGACACUGAAAGCCGGAUAUACAGAGACGCAGAGGCGAGAUUUCCUAAGUGAGGCCAGCAUAAUGGGACAAUUCGACCACCCAAACAUUAUUAGACUGGAAGGCGUGGUCACACGCAGUAAGCCGGUAAUGAUAGUGACAGAGUACAUGGAGAACGGCUCCUUGGACAGCUUCCUGCGAAAACACGACGCUCAGUUCACAGUCAUUCAGCUGGUGGGAAUGCUGCGUGGGAUAGCAUCAGGUAUGAAAUACCUCUCAGACAUGGGCUAUGUACACAGAGACCUGGCGGCUCGCAACAUCUUGGUUAACAGCAACCUGGUGUGCAAAGUGUCUGACUUUGGCCUGUCCAGAGUUCUAGAGGAUGAUCCCGAGGCCGCAUACACAACCAGGGGUGGCAAGAUCCCAAUCAGAUGGACAGCACCAGAAGCCAUUGCCUAUCGCAAGUUCACCUCAGCGAGUGACGUAUGGAGCUACGGCAUUGUUUUGUGGGAAGUCCUGUCCUACGGAGAAAGACCUUAUUGGGAGAUGUCCAAUCAGGAUGUGAUCAAAGCUGUAGACGAGGGCUACCGUCUUCCCCCACCGAUGGACUGCCCUGCAGCUUUAUACCAGUUAAUGCUUGACUGCUGGCAGAAGGACAGGAACAAUCGGCCCAAGUUUGAGCAGAUUGUCAGCAUCUUGGACAAACUUAUCCGUAACCCUGGAAGUCUGAAAAUCACGGCUAGUGCCUCCAGGCCUGUUAAUCAGCUUCUGGACCGAAACAGCACAGACAUCACAUCGUUCAGCAGUAUGGGUCACUGGCUGGAAAGUGCCAGAACGCUGCCCUGUAAAGAAGCCUUCAGUGGGGUCAGCUACAGCUCCUGUGACACACUACCCAAGACUUCUGCAGAGGAAUUUAAGAAAGUUGGCGUAACAAUCGUUGGACCUCAGAAGAAGAUUGUCAGCAGCAUCAAAGCACUUGAAACACAUACGAAGAACGGCCCGGUUCCUGUCUAAAAACGAACAAAUAUCUAAAUAAAAUCAGGCAUGAGAGAGAAAUUCAAGAGACUGUCGCUGCUUGUGGCUUUAUCAGACAGGAAUUACGUUUUAGAGAAAGUAGAAACUAUAACAUAAGGUUAUCAGGGCAUAGCAGAGCAACGCUCCUGGUGAAAGGAUGCCUUUAUAUGGAUGUGUUGCCUUAUGUAAAAAGAAAGAGAAUGUGCCCUGGAUCGGGGACUCCUGUAAGCUCCCUACUUAUCAUAGGUCUCAGUGACACAGAGUGUCAUAUGAUGAGCAAGAUGGAGCCAUAAUGAGCCUUUGGGAUACCACACAAAAAGCUCUUAUGACAGAAGGGUGAAAAAUGCUUUUAGUAUAAAAAAACAUUGCAAAGUAUCCUCUUUUGUUUAGGGUGGGAGAAAUUAAGUCAAGACCUGUUUCUUCAGCAUGCCUCACUGGUCUUUUGUGGUCAUGUAGGAUUGAGUAUGUCUUAGCUAAAUGGAAGCAGCUGCCAGUAGAGAUGCCUUUAAUUUUAACAUUUCGCAGCAAAAUAAGAGAAACAACAGUGCACUUGGCUGUAAAAGUAGGACUGUCUGAUGAAAGGCAAUUUGAUGUUCUAGCAAUUUCUG